CCGGUCCGACAGGUUAGUGGGGGGGCGGCGUGAGGCAGGGCGGGGAGGAAGAGGAGGAAGAGGCGCUGCUGGUGCGAACAAACAUGGUUCGGUGACACGACGACAGGAACGCCGAGAGAAACCGGACCGGAACCGAAUCAGAACUUCUGAGGACGCUGCAAACUCCUGAGGUGGCGAGAUGAGUCAGCGCCGCGCCGACUGGCAUGGCUCCCCGGGGCCCAACGACGAGGUGAUGCCGUACAGCGACGACGAGACGGACGACGAACUGGACGAGACCUCUGAUGAAAGCGAGGCAGAGGAGCCAAGGGAUGCCCCGCGUCCCCCUGAGGAGCCCAGACCCCCCGAAAUCGUCUGGAAAGUGAAGGCAAACGACAGAGCGUACCACCAGCUGCCAGAGUUUCAGAAGAAGGUCUUCCUCUGCAUAAAGAAGAGCAGAUACUCUGGAAACGCAAUCAAAACCUACAAGUACAACUUCUUAACCUUCCUCCCCCUGAACCUCUACGAGCAGUUUAAGAGGGUGGCCAACAUCUACUUCCUGGCUCUGCUGAUCCUUCAGAUCAUUCCAGAAAUUUCCACCCUUCCCUGGUACACCACCCUGAUUCCGCUGGUCAUCGUGCUGGGAAUCACCGCCAUCAAAGACCUGGUGGACGAUCUGGCCCGACACAGGAUGGACAAGGAGGUGAAUAACAGAAAGUCUGAGGUUCUACUGGAUGGAAGGUUUAAGGAGAAGAAGUGGAUGGACAUCCAGGUGGGCGACGUGGUUCGCCUCAAGAAGAACGACUUUAUUCCGGCUGACAUCCUGCUGUUGUCCAGCUCCAACCCAAACAGCCUGUGUUACGUUGAGACGGCCGAGCUUGACGGAGAGACUAACCUGAAGUUCAGGAUGGGCCUCCGAGCGACGGACGAGAGGCUGCAGGAGGAGCGAGAGCUGGCCCAGUUUGACGCUCUGAUUGAAUGUGAGGAACCAAACAACCGCCUGGACAAGUUCAACGGGACCAUGCUGUGGGACGGCGAGCGCUACCCUCUGGAGGUGGACAACAUGCUGCUGCGAGGCUGCAAGAUCAGGAACACCGACUACUGCCACGGCCUGGUGAUCUUCGCAGGAGCCGACACCAAAAUCAUGAAGAACAGUGGAAAAACCAGGUUCAAGAGGACCAAGAUCGACGAGCUGAUGAACUACAUGGUUUACACGAUCUUCGCUCUGCUCAUCCUGGUGGCGGCCGGCCUGGCCAUCGGUCACACCUUCUGGUACCGGGAGAUCGGCGCCAAGGCCUGGUACCUGAACGACGGUACAGACCGCAGUGCCGAUUACAGGGGCUUCCUCAGCUUCUGGGGUUACAUCAUCGUCCUCAACACCAUGGUGCCCAUUUCCCUCUACGUCAGCGUGGAGGUGAUCCGUCUGGGCCAGAGUAAAUUCAUCAACUGGGACCUGCAGAUGUAUUAUUCAGAGAAAGACACACCAGCUAAGGCCCGAACGACGACCCUGAACGAGCAGCUCGGCCAGAUCCAGUACAUCUUCUCUGACAAGACGGGAACUCUGACGCAAAACAUCAUGGUUUUCAAGAAGUGCACCAUCUCAGGGCGGAAUUACGGUGACCCAACCACUGCUGAAGGAGUAUCGCUGGACAAGAUAAAGCCGGUGGACUGGGGCUGGAACAACUAUGCUGACAGGAAGUUUGAGUUUGUGGACCACUUCCUGGUCGCCAAGAUCAAGUCCAAGAAGGAUAAAGACGCUCUGGAGUUCUUCAAGCUUCUGUCACUCUGCCACACCGUCAUGGUGGACAACAACGACGGUGACCUGGUGUACCAGGCUGCGUCACCUGAUGAGGGCGCUCUCGUCACUGCCGCCAGGAACUUCGGCUUCGUUUUUCUCUCUCGUACCCAAGACACCAUCACCAUCUCGGAAAUGGGGCACGAGACGACCUACGAGAUGCUGGCGCUGCUGGACUUCAACUCGGACCGCAAGCGCAUGUCCAUCAUCCUGAAGUUCCCAGACGGUCGCAUUCGCCUCUACUGUAAGGGAGCCGAUACGGUGAUCUACGAGCGACUCUCCCCAGACACCAGACACAAGGAGUCGACCCAGGAGGCCCUGAAUGUCUUUGCCAAUGACACGCUGAGGACACUCUGUCUCUGUUACAAAGACAUCAGUGUCAGCGAGUUCGAGGCCUGGUCCCGGAGACACAAGGAGGCCCAGGUCAACAUGGUGGACAGAGAAGCUGCCCUGGACCGUGUUUCUGAGGAGAUCGAGAAGGACCUGAUGCUGAUUGGAGCCACCGCCAUAGAGGACAAACUUCAGGAUGGCGUUCCAGAGACCAUCGCCAACCUGGCCAAAGCUGACAUCAAGAUCUGGGUCCUGACCGGCGAUAAGAAAGAGACGGCAGAGAACAUCGGCUUCUCCUGCCACCUGCUGACCGAUGACAUGCAGAUCCACUACGGAGAAGAUGUGAAUGAAAAGCUGAGGAUCCGUCAGGACACAAGAAGAAACGAACCUCCAUCAUCAUUUCGACCCGGAAAGAAGACGACCUCGGAGCCGUUCUUCCCUGGAUCUGGAAAAAACGCCCUGAUCAUCACCGGAGGAUGGCUGAACGAGAUUCUUUAUGAGAAAAAGAAGAAACGCCGCCGUCUUCGUCUUCGCCGGUUAGGAAAGAGACAAAGUCCCAGCAACCCUCAGGAUCCAAUGAACGACACGGAGAAGGAAAUGAGACAGUUGGACUUCGUGGACAUGGCCUGCGAGUGUGAAGCCGUGAUCUGCUGCCGCGUCACGCCCAAACAAAAGGCCAACGUGGUGAGUCUGGUGAAGAAGUACAAGAAGGCCGUGACGCUAUCCAUCGGAGACGGAGCCAAUGACGUCAACAUGAUCAAAACUGCGGACAUCGGCGUGGGCAUCAGCGGUCAGGAGGGGAUGCAGGCUGUCAUGUCCAGCGACUACGCCUUCGCCCAGUUCCGUUACCUGCAGCGCCUCCUGCUGGUGCACGGCCGCUGGUCCUACAUCCGGAUGUGCAAGUUUCUGCGUUUCUUCUUCUUCAAGAACUUUGCCUUCACUCUGGUCCAUUUCUGGUACUCCUUCUUCAGCGGAUAUUCCUCUCAGGUGGCGUAUGAGGACUGGUUCAUCACGCUCUACAAUCUGGCGUACAGCAGCUUACCGGUUCUCCUCGUCGGACUCCUGGAUCAGGAUGUGAACGACAGACUCAGCCUGAAAGUUCCCCGCCUCUACAUCCCCGGUCAGCUUGGAGAGCUCUUCAACUUCAAGAAGUUCUUCAUCAGCCUUUUCCACGGCAUCUUCGUCUCCCUCAUCAUCUUCUUCAUCCCGUACGGAGCCUUCCUGCAGACCAUGGGUCAGGAUGGGGAGGCGCCCUCCGACUACCAGUCCUUCGCCGUUGUCACCGCAUCGUCUCUGAUCUUCACCGUAAACCUGCAGAUCUCUCUGGACACGUCCUAUUGGACCUUCGUGACCUUCUUCGCCGUGCUGGGCAGCAUCGCCAUCUACUUCGGGAUCAUGUUCGACAUCCACAGCGCCGGAAUCCACGUCAUCUUCCCCUCGGUGUUCACCUUCACAGGCGCGGCGUCCAACGCUCUGAGACAGCCUUACCUGUGGCUGACCAUCGUCCUGACGGUGGGGAUCAGUCUGCUGCCCGUCGUCUGCAUCCAGUUCCUCCAUAAAACCAUCUGGCCCUCCAUUGGAGACAAGGUCCAGAGGAACCGGAAGAAGUACGAGAUGCAGAUAGAGGAGGAGGACAAGAAGAAGCAGCCCCCGGCGUUCCAGCGAGGCCGGGCUUCCCGUCGCUCCGCCUACGCCUUCUCCCACACGCCCGGCUACGCCAACCUCAUCUCCUCCGGACAGAGCAUCCGCCGCCGCCAGACGGCACACGGAGGAAACGCCGAGAGGAGGCCGUCCCCCCAGAGACGGGCGGAAAACAUCUGAGUGGAGCAGGAAACGCGGGAAGGCCUUCUGACCCCGCCUCUGGGGGGCGGAGCCCUCCUGCUAAACUUUGCUCCUUUUAGGCACAAACUGAUGACUUGAAACGCUCACCGAAGAGACGCCGCCGCCAAGCGGCCUGAUGUCACCUGUGUGACUGACAAUGUUGUUUAACUCAGGAUUAUUUUAAAUGCCUUAUUUUUAGCCACCAGUGCAACUGACGGGAAGCUGUUAGCGCUGUUAGCGCGUAGCCUUUAGCAGUUUUAGCUCACAUCCACGAAGCACUUCCUCAUAAAUUCCAACCA